GUUUGCCCUCUUCAAUCGGCGCCUUGCUGUUGGGAAGGAAGCCCGGAAGAGUGCGUACAGCAGCACGGAUUCGAAUAACGGCAAACGUUUAGCCUGCGGCCCGUCAUUUUUGGAGGCCACCUUCUAGACCGGGCUUGAAACUUGACACAGGACUGUGGGUAUCCUACACAAAUUUAGUAAUUCCUGGAAAUUGUACUUUUGAACGCACAAAUUUCUUGCACAUACUUAUUUGGCUUGAAGAUCCACUUGUGAUUAUUUGGUUAAGUCAUGGCAACAGGGGGUGAGGAAGACCCCUUCAGUUCAAACAAUCGAGAAGGCAACAAUUCCCAAAAUCAGCCUGAUUCUGAGGAGCAGGUUAUAGAGGAGACUGAGGGUGUGUUUUGCAGUUAUGUCUUUCAUCGUUACCAGCAAGAAAGUCAAACAGAAGAAGGUGAGGUACCAAAGGACCCUGAAAUUUUGGAUCUGCAGCCCAGUUUAUACAGCACUACUUACCGUGUCGGUCACCAGUUAGCCAUAAUUGGUGAUGAUAUCAACAGACGUUAUGACCAUGAGUUCAGAAGAAUGCUCUCCCAGUUGGCACUCACCCCUCAAAAUGCCUACAUUUACUUCUGCAAGAUAGCCACAAGCCUCUUUGAAUCAGGGAUCAAUUGGGGCCGAGUGAUUGCCUUGCUCGGUUUUGGGUACCGAAUGGCUCUGCAUGUCUUCCAGCAAGGAAUAACUGGUUUCUUAAGCCAGAUUGGCCGAUUCAUUGCUGACUUUCUCCUGCGCAAUCGGAUUGCCCACUGGAUCGCACAACAAGGUGGAUGGGUUGCUGUUUUAGAUUUGGACAAUGUCUACUUGAAGUACAUGUUUGCCCUGUUUGCUGUGGUUUUUUUGGGACAUAUCAUUCUGAAGCGCUUCUUCCGCUCAUGAUGGAAGGUAGCUGGCAGUUCAGGAUUCCCGCCACUGAUGUUAUUGGAACACAGAACUAGGUCUUGGUGACAUCAUAAUUUCAGGGACUUAAUAUUUUUAGUUACUAAGGUUGUAAAUGAUCAAAACUCUUUGCUUAAAGUAAUGUUAUUACUGUAUCUCCAAAGUUGGGAGACAUUCAUAGGAUUUGGAGAGUGUUUUAAACAACACCCUUUAUACAUAUGUUAACUAAUAGAGCAUAAAAGGUUUACUAGCAUAGGAGGCAAUGUUAUUCAGGAAAUUGCAGGGAUUUUUGCUAUUGUUUUUGCACAAAGGUUGAUUUGACUUUCAUAUUAUUUAUGCCAAGUUAUUUUUCUCUUCUGCUAAAUGAAAGUCACUUUAACCAACAAUUAGCAAGCAGGCACUGUUCUCUGUUAAAGUGAAGAAUUGAUUCCAGAUGUUUUUAUUGUCUUUUAGAAACUACAGUAUAUCAAGCAGAUGUUGUUUGAGGGUUUCAUCUAUAAGUUAAUUUUUUGGUUUUAUUUAAUGGAUUUUCAGACCUAUGCAUUUCUUAAAAUGCAGUGCCUUGAUGACAUUGUCUUAUUGUUUUUCAUCAUUACUUCUGGCAUGAGCACAAGAUUGUACUUCACCUCUUUAAAGCGUGUACAAAAGCCUUUAAAGAUUAGUUUAAUCAAGUACUAAAUUGAAAUCACUCUUCUUCCUGCGUGAAAUGGCCAUGUCAUAGGAAGCAAUGUUUAUACUCCACGGCAACCUGCCAAAUUACUUUUCAACCAGAAUACCUCAAUGAAUCAAACUACCAUUAAGCACCGCCUUUCUUCAGUCACCUGACCAAUUCAUAUGCCAUUUGCUUGUUGGAUAUCUAUUGUGUUUAAUCCUGUCUACCAAGUUAAACCAGUUGAUUAGCUUCCUUAGAAUUCUGCGUUUCGUUUUGGGAAUUCAUAAUUUAGCCAUAGUUCGAGUAAUAGUAUAAUGUUCUGGUAUAAAUAACUAAUAAGUGCAAUAAUUUAGCCUUAACUUUUAUGCAUUUCUAUUGUAUUGUUGCAAAAAGCUUCAGAGGUAUCCCAAGACCUUUCUUUUUUGCAUUGAGCCAUUAAAGAAGCAGUUGUACCAUAGUUGGGAGGAAAAACAUUAUCAUAUAUGAUUUGAGAAAACUAAGAUCUAAAAUUAUGUGGAAUCUGGCCUCCACAUGUUAUCUAGUAAUAAAUCCAGUGUAGUGCAUUUUUUUGCAUACCUUUGCCCAGUAAGAUUGUACAGUGUUGUGUGAGCCUGUGCCUCCUAAUAAACACAGACAGUUUUAGCACAGUUUUUCUGCAGAGAGGAACACCAGUAAACUGAGAAAAAUGCACUGGAAAUGUACAGUGUUGUUAUGGAAAAUAUAUUUCCAUGUCCACUGAGUGAAAAUUUAUUUUCAUAUUUUUUGAAAAACUGGUUGACGUAUAUGCAAACCUAAUUUUAUAGCUGUGUUCAAGUAUGGGCAUAACAGCAUUUUUAAUUGAUCUGUUAUGUUGUGAAAUGCUCUCUAAACCUCACUCAAAGAUAUAAACUUAUGAAUACACCCAGAGUCUAUUUACAAUAAAGAUGACCAUAGCUUACACUACCCAUAUAUGUGAAACUUAGCCAAGAAACGGGAUACUGUAUGUGGUUCAAAAACAAACAAUCUCUCAUAACUUUGACAGCACAUACUGAUAUCUCAUAUUACUUCCAAGGGUAUUGUCUACUAAUCAACCAGUUAAAUACCAGCCUCUUUUCUUGUGCUGUGUAUAGGAAAUGCAAGCUUUCAGGUCAUAAAUUUCAUGUGAAUUCAUACCAUUGUGGUAGCUGCAGCUAAAUUUUUAUAUACUGUAACCCAGACCUCUCUUCUAAUUUGUCCUUUUAAAAUACAAAAUAAUCACGUUAAUCAAAAACAUUUUGAUUACAUUUUCCAGUUGCAUUGUGUUUGGAGCAAUACAGUGCACACUUAAUAUGUUUGUUUUUUAUUUCUCAAAAAAAGUUCUAAAUCUUUACUUGAUAUUUGUGCAAAUCAACAGUUACCUCACAAUUGUAUCGUAAGUCACAUGAGCUCCCUGGACCCUGUGAUUAUAGUAACAGAAACAAAAUGUUCUUUAUCGAAGUUACAGAAACUCUUACAGGGUCUCAUGAGUACUAGAUGGUGUGCUGCAUACCCUAUUACCAUACCCUUUCUUAAGUGUUAGGAGGUCUUAUGUUACAUCAGUAUGAAGCAUAAAACACAAUUCCAAGAUUCUGUUUAUAAAAGUUCUUGAGGGGUUAUAAAAUUUCAUCAGCGAAAAAGCAGAAUUUGCACUCCUGGCAGGACUUCUGAUAUGUCUGUGAGAUAGCUGGAGGAAAACGGGUGCAGUAGAAAGAAGGUACCAUGUCAACUAGGGUAUGGUUGUAUAGAGUCUACACAAAAACAUAACCAUUUGCUUUGUCCAAGGUGUGGUAUAUGCAGUGUAUGAAUGAUGUAAAGAAGAAACUCCGAAAACAACUUGACUUAGAAAUGGCAAAUAUGAAACCAAAACGAGAGAGAGUAAUGCAAAGCAUUGAAAGAGAGAAUGCAAAAAGAGGCAAAUAUAGCAAAGAGGGCAUGGUGAAACAUAGUUUCACUGUUAAAGUCAAAUGCCUGUCCUAAAAGUGCUACAGAGAGUUGAUAGAUAUAGAAAAUAUGCUACCAGUUUAUCAUUAGUGCUUUUUCUAUAGCAUAGUAUGUCUGAGUUUAGGAAGGCCAGAAAUGCUCUUGCUUAUUUAGCCUUUUUUUUCAGGGUUCUAACUUUAAAGAGAUAAUUUGAGUAAGCAAAGCCCAGACCUUAACAAUCCUCCUGAUAUGUACAUGGUAUAAUGUAGUAGUUUUCAAUUUCAGUCCUGGGUCUACACUGUGGCUAUAGGUUUUUUAUCCCAACCAGCCUCUGCUUAGAAUUGGACUAGCGCCUUAAUUAAACAUUACAUUAUUUCUUACUUUAUGUAUUUUUUAGUUAAUCAAGAAAUUAUGAAACAAAUGCAAGUCAAAAUUUUUUAUUUAAAUGUAGAAUGUAUUUUACAUGUGGAUAAUUUAGUGUUUUAUUUUGGUUUUUAAUAUAUUCCCUGUCAUCAAAUUUGAUUAUUUUAGUCAAUUUUUUACUGAUGAACACCCUAAUAGGUCUGACACUGAAGUGGGGUACAGCCUACUAGUAUCUAGUGUUGACUGCCCUGGUGUCUACACAGCUCAUUGUAAUUAUUAGGAUAAAAUUAUAGGAGCAAACUCCACUAUAAAAAUGUGAAUUAACAGGAAAACGUCAAAAGACGUAAUUAUUUAGGCUAUCCCCCCCCCAAAAAAAACACAUUUGUAAAUGUCUUAUGAAUGCAGUUGUCAUGCUGCUACUCUGUUGUGAACGCAGAAUAAGAGAAGAUGGAAACAGGCCAGAGAAUUAAACAGUGAGAACAGGUUAGAAGUAAAAGAACUUGCCCAUUGUGAAACUGGUUGGUCUUAGUACAACACCAGGACUGAACUUGAGAAGCACUGCUGAAAUUAUACAUUUGAAGAUUUAUUUUCAGGGUUUGGUAGCAUAUGACUGCCAUUUUGUUUAUUAUCUGGACUCCUACCUAAGUUAUAGGGCUAGCUAUAGAUGUACAGCAGUCCUUUUUUUAUCAUAGACUUCCACAAAGAGGAACAUCAUAGGCUAGGACUAGGCAUUAUCGCCUUAUUUGACGCAGACUUGGCAUCAGAGAAAUUGUCCUGGAAAUCCCCUUAAAAGUUUUUUUGUCAAAUCUUUAGGAACCCUCACUGGUAUACAGUUACUAAGCAGUAAACAAUACUUGAAAUAAGUAAUUUGCAUCAUUGGUUUUCUCACACUAUGUGUUUUCUAAACAUUAUUAAAACUAUAAAGAAAUAAUAAAUUAUAAUAAUACACUACACUCUGCUUAUACUGUGACUGGACGUUUGACCAUACUCCAUUGCAGCUGCAAUAUGAUAUUGUAAUAAUGUUUAAAAUAUUUUCCUGCCUUUUCUCUCUGUUUAUAUUUUUGUCUGGGAGAGAUGAUAGUUUUGUAGGACAGAGUGAUCUAUGUACCUCCUUCAUAGCACACCUUUCUCAUCAGUUAUGUAGCAAAGUGGUGGAGGUAUGCAGUUGACUGUUUACGGUUAUAUGCUGAAGUCUUAUGAUUGUCAAAUCCUGCAGUGUUUUGAGCAAAGUUAGUGCUGUUACUUUUAUAGCAUGGGCUGACAGCUUAUUGGCCUUUGUUGCAUUUUAAGUUGGUUAACCUAAAACCGCAAGAUCUGCACUUUUUUUACUCCAUUUGAUAGUGUCUUUUUUUUUUUUUUUUUUGGUGGUUGCUCAAGAAAUCUGAAAGGUCAGGGCUUCUGUUGAGUUAAAAAAAACAAAAACAAACAAACAAAAAGGUUUAUGAGUAUGUCCAGUUCCUUCAUCUCCCUUUUUUAUAUUUCUGGUUUCAUUAAUAAUCUUUAUUGUGAAAUUGUACUCUGUUGCAUCUGUGCCUUGUUUUUGUUUCUGGUUAUAAAGUUUGAUAAUUCCAUCUACUCAUUUUUUGUAUUUGUCAUUAUGCUGGCAUGUAAAUGGUAGGAAGCAUUCAUCUGUAUAUUAUUGUUUAUCCACUUUGAAAAUUACUAUGUUACAAUUUAGGAUAUUUGUACAACCCUUAAAUUGUAAUGUAUUCAUUUUACUUAAAAUUGCCAAAAUCUAACCUUGUUACUUAUCAUAUUUGAAGGUUUUCACAAUUUUAAUAAUAAUAAAACUUUCCACAUAUGUUAAAUUUCAUAAACCUGAGUUGAGGAAAUUCCAUGCAACAUUUCAGCUCCUGUCUUCUAGGUACAGGAAGUUACAAAUAAUUUCCCUAGUAUGAUGCAGCCUUUAAAUUAGAAGACAGAGGAAGAUGAUAAACUCCUUGACAUAUUAUGUACUGUAAUAAAAAUGGUCUACUACAGGACAUAUUCUGACCACCUUAAAAUACUGCAUUAGCCAGACUGCCCUUGUAGGCCAGCAACAAAGCAACCCAAGAGGAUAUGUGAGAUUUACAAAUUUAAUUUAAUUUGAUUCUGAACUUAAAGACCGAAAGCAAUAUCUCAAGUGUUCAGAAAAAAGCUAGUUAAUAUUUUUUUCUUGAGUGUUCAUAUGUGAUUGACUUAUUUAAAAUACUGACCUUCCUAUGGCUUUUGAAUUUUAUUUUUACAUUUUUUAAAUUAUAAAGCAUAAUUUAACCAAAGAUUGAUUCUUUAAAUUUUUUA